AUGAACUGUCAAUUCUGGUGUAUUUAGGAAGAGUGUUGUGUAUUAUAUUAUUGGCUAUAGAUUCAGGAAAUUCGUGUUGACUGACCAGAGUCCACGAAUUUCCGACAGAUUUUUUACAAAUAAGUUUCCUUAACGUUUAGUUUAAUAAAUUACAUUAAUACGUGACCGCACCCGUCUCUGAAUGGUUACGUGCGGUGAUUCAUAGAGAUAAUUCGCAGUAUCACACGUUUCUUCGAACGAUAUCGUAUGUAAAUUUAUCGAAUUCUUCGUGAAAAUAAAAUACAAAAUGACAGAAGUUCAUAACUUAGGUGUUGAUGCCAUCAGCUGUCAUGCUUGGAAUAAAGAUAGAAAAGAAGUAGCCAUCUGUCCAAACAAUAAUGAAAUUCAAGUUCACAAACGUACAUCAAGUGGUUGGAAAUUACUGCAGAACCUACAGGAACAUGAUAUGCAUGUCAUGGGUAUUGAUUGGGCACCAAAUACCAAUCGAAUAGUAACAUGUUCUGCAGACAAAAAUGCAUAUGUUUGGACACAGGAAGAUGAUGGAAAAUGGAAUCCUGCAUGGGUGCUUUUAAGAAUAAAUCGGGCAGCAACAUGUGUAAAAUGGUCUCCAUUAGAAAAUAAAUUUGCUGUUGGAUCUGGAGGUAGAGUAAUAGCUGUUUGUUAUUUUGUGUCUGAGAACAAUUGGUGGCAGUGUAAGCAUAUAAAACGCCCAUUGAGGUCCACUGUAACUACGGUUGAUUGGCAUCCAGAAAACAAGGUUCUGGUUGCUGGAUCCACUGACUACAAAGUUCGUGUAUUUAGUGCAUUCAUUAGUGAUAUGGAAGAUGCACCUGGUACUGGACCUUGGGGUCACAGUAAUACUUUAGGAACAUUACUUGCUGAAUUCCAAAAUACUCCCAAUGGAGGAGGUUGGAUACACUCUGUUGCAUUUAGUCCUUGUGGUAACAAAAUUUGUUGGGUAGCACACAAUUCAUCUAUUUGCAUUGCUGAUGCUACCAAAGGAUAUUCAGUCAUACGACUGUAUACAGAGCAUUUACCAUUUUUAAGUUGCGUUUGGAUUGGGUCCAAUUCCAUUGUUGCUGUGGGACAUAGUUGUAUGCCUAUGCUGUAUUCUAUAGACGACAAUGGUCAACUAUAUUUUGUAUCAAAACUAGACAACACGCAGAAAAAAGAAGCCGCCGGAUUGUCCGCCAUGCGUAAAUUCCAAUCGUUAGAUCGCCAGGCGAGAACCGACACGAACGAUAAUGCCUUGGACAGUAUACAUCAAAAUACGAUUAACUGCGUGCGAAAAGUAUCAGAUAACGAGUUUAGUACGAGUGGUUUAGACGGUCAGCUGGUAGUAUGGGAUCUCAAGCUCUUGGAGAAUUCCAUCGCCGGUCUCAAGAUAGCAUAAGUAAAAUCUUUUUUUAUAUCAAAGGAAGACGGAAG